UCAUGGGGAGAAGCUGCGUUUCUUCUCACUUCUCUUGUGGAAGUUUCCUUUUCUUCUUCCGUUAUUGAGCGACUGCGUUAGCUGCAAUCACUUGUUGCCCCAAACUGAUUCUGUUCCGUUCAGUUUUCUUCGCUGGAAAUUUCUCAAGGCUCUGCUUGGAUCACGAUGGACCAAAGGAAUGGUGAAUAUGCUCCCAUCAGGGAUUCAGAAGAUGAACAGUCAGGAAAAUUUGACAAGCCCCUUCCUUGUUUUGGCUGUGGAUUUGGAUGGUUCUUCCUUCUGCUAGGAUUUGUGUGUCCACUUUUUUGGUAUUAUGCCACAAUUCUCUACUUCUGCAAUUACUAUCAAAAGGACCCAAGAGAACGAGCUGGACUAGCUGCAUCUGCAAUAGCUGCUCUAAUAUUUACAAUUGCUGCGCUGAUCGCAGUAGUUGUUUUUGUCGUCACAACAGUUUCAACUCACCUAUCUCUAAUCAAUUAGCAUUUAGUAAAUAAUCCCAUCUUCAUUAUUAGUCUCCUCUGGAAGGAAGGCAGGCUUCAUGCAUGGUGGAUCAAGCUCUCUGUGAUCGUUUCUGACUCCCAGGAAAGAUGGGUAACUAGCCUAGGUUUCACUAACUGAAAUAUACAGCUUACAUUGAUGUAACUCGGCUUUAAGCAUAGAAGAAUUUCAUUCUGAAACAGACUUUUACUACGUACAUAUGUAUUACGUCCUGAGAAUGGCUUAAACCAUCAAUGAAAUGAUUUGGAUGUGGGUUGAUAGUUUUUA